AUGUCCGGAUUUGACGUUACUAAGACUUUCAAUAGAUUUACCCAGCGGGCUGGUGAGCUUGUAAAUAAGAAUGAAAAGACCUCAUAUCCUACCCGAACCUCAGAUCUUAUCCAUGAGAUCGACCAAAUGAAAGCAUGGAUCAGCAAGAUCAUCACCGCUACUGAGGAAUUCGUAGACAUCAACAUUGCAUCUAAAGUCGCGGAUGCUUUCCAGAAGAAUAAGGAGAAGAUUACUACUACCGACAAACUGGGUACUGCUCUCGAGCAGGUUGCUUCCCAAUCAGAAAAGGCAGCUCCCCAACUUUCUAAAAUGCUGACGGAAGCUUCUGAUGUCCAUCAGCGUAUGGCCACUGCCAGAAAGAAUUUCAAUAGUGAGGUUAAUACCACCUUCAUUGAAGAUUUGAAAAACUUCUUGAACACCACGCUUAGCGAGGCCCAGAAAGCAAAGACCAAGCUGGAGGAGGUUCGACUAGAUUUGGACUCUGACAAGACUAAAUUGAAGAAUGCUAAGACUGCGGAACAGAAGGCCAAGUGGGAGGCCGAGGUGCGAAAAGACGAAAGUGACUUCGAUCGAGUGCACCAAGAAUCUCUUACUAUCUUUGAGAAGACUUGCAAAGAAUUCGAUGGGUUGAGCGUUCAGCUGUUGGAUCUGAUCCGUGCAGAGAAGAAUUACUACGAAGCCUGUGCCAAAGAGUGCAGUAUGAUGCUGGGCGAGUAG